CCGUGGCGCGGAGCCGGACCGGGACCCGGGACCCGACCCAGGCGCUCCGACUCCUCUUCCUCAUCCUUCUUACUCCUUCUUACUCAUCCUCCUUCUUACUCCUCCUUCCUACUCCUCCUCGUCCUCCUCGUCGUCGUCCCCUUCGUCCUCGACCUCCUCCCGACUCCCCUUCCUCCUCCUACUCCUCGUCCCCUUCCUCGUCCUCGUCCUCCUCGACCUCCUCAUCGUCCCCUUCCUCCUCCUCGUUGUCGUCGUCGUCAUCCCAGAGAGAACUCCCCACCUCACCCCCCACCCCAGCCAGCCCACUACCACCACCACACAACACGCUUUAGGCGAUCCACAGAACCGCACCCGCGUGGCCGCCGAGGUCUCUAAAUCGGCAACAGUCGCGGUCUUGCAGAGGAACCCAGCAAGACCGACCGGUCGCCGCCUUCCUCCAGCAGCGAUUGUACCAGCAGGGAUCUGUGUGAAGAACCCGGCUGAGUUGCUCGAGGACUGCCCCCCCCCCUGGCCAGCCACGACUCGCCCUGACGGACCCCGAGACCCGCACUCUUCACCAACCCCGGGCUGAUCACUCAUCCGUCGUCCGUCUCGACGAGGACCCAGGGACUCUGCUGCUAUCCAAGCAUCCAGACUUGUGUCGGGAUCGAGGACUCCAGGCUCACAGGACCACCACCACCACCACCACCACCCCCACGUCCCCUCGACCAGGACCCGUGCACCGAACCUCGCCCCGCGGGUCCGAGGAGGCCGCCUCUGGGUGUCGCCAUGAGGAGGAGGUCGCGGCUUCUGCUCUGCUUCGCGGGCCUCUGGGUCGUGGGAGUCGCCUACUACAUCUACUGGGGCAGUGGUGGGACGACGCACAGGGAUAACUUGAUGCCCAACCUGGAACGGGAUGUUGUGAUCGCGGGCGAUGGCGGAAAUCUUCCCACCGAGUCUCUUACCCCAGGCAAGGUACGGUGGAGGGACUUCGAUCAGAGCAUAUACAUCGGCAGUACACUGGUGAGGCCUGGUCAGGACCCAUACAACCGUAACAAGUUCAACCAGGUGGAGAGCGAUAAACUCAAGAUGGACCGCAGCAUUCCGGACACCCGGCACGACGCUUGUCGGUACCAAACGUGGGGCCCGAGCCUCCCGGCCACCAGCGUCAUCAUCACCUUCCACAACGAGGCGCGCUCCACCCUGCUCCGCACCGUCGUCAGUGUCCUCAACAAGAGUCCCGCACACCUCAUCCGCGAGAUCAUCCUUGUGGACGACUACAGCGAUGACCCCGAAGAUGGGAAGCUGUUGGCAAAAAUCGAAAAGGUGAAGACGAUAAGAAACGAGAAGCGUGAAGGUUUGAUGCGAUCGCGAGUGCGGGGAGCCGACAUCGCGGAGAGCGCCAUCCUCACCUUCCUGGACAGUCACUGCGAGUGCAAUGAACACUGGCUGGAGCCGCUGCUCGAGAGAGUGGCCGAGGACCGGACCCGGGUCGUGUGUCCCAUCAUCGACGUCAUAAACAUGGACAACUUCCAGUACGUGGGCGCCUCCGCUGACCUCAAGGGAGGCUUCGAGUGGAACCUGGUGUUCAAGUGGGACUACCUGACCCCGGAGCAGAGGAAAGCCCGGCAGACAACACCGACUUCCCCUAUCCGGACGCCUAUGAUUGCUGGGGGUCUGUUCGUGAUGGAAAAAGCUUACUUUGAGGAGCUUGGGAAGUAUGACAUGAUGAUGGACAUCUGGGGCGGCGAAAACCUUGAGAUUUCAUUCCGCGUGUGGCAGUGCGGUGGGUCUCUGGAAAUCAUCCCGUGCAGCCGCGUGGGCCACGUCUUCCGGAAGCAGCACCCCUACUCGUUCCCCGGCGGCAGUGGCACCGUGUUCGCCAGGAACACGCGGAGAGCGGCCGAGGUAUGGAUGGACGAGUACAAGAACUUCUACUACGCGGCGGUGCCCUCUGCGAGGAGCGUCUCCUUUGGAAACAUUCAGGGCCGGUUGGAGCUCCGAGAGAAGCUGAAAUGCAAGCCCUUCAAGUGGUACCUGGAUAAUGUCUACCCUGAGCUCAGGGUUCCGGAUAAGCAGGACGUGGCGUUCGGGGCGUUGCAGCAGGGAGCCAACUGCCUGGACACCAUGGGCCACUUCGCCGACGGCACCGUGGGGGUCUACGAGUGCCACAACGCUGGCGGCAACCAGGAAUGGGCCUUCACCAAGGAGAAGUCAUUGAAGCACAUUGAUCUGUGCUUGACGGUGACCGACCGCAUACCUGGAGGCCUCCUCAAGCUCCAGGUUUGCAGGGAGAAUGACAGCCGACAGAAAUGGGAGCAAAUAGAAAACAACAGCAAGCUGAGGCACGUGGGCACAAACCUGUGCCUUGACAGCAAGAACGCCAAGGCGGGUGGCCUCACCGUGGAGGUGUGCAGCCCCUCCAUCACGCAGCAGUGGAAGUUUACGCUCAACCUCAACCAGUAACCAGUGGCUUUGAAUUGUAAGGGGCUCGGGGAAGCGGCCGCUUCCAUCAAAAUUUUCCGCCAUUUGCCAAAAUCGCCAUAUUCCUCCCCCCAACGGUCGUGGCGCAGCUCACUCGACCGUGUGCGAUUCCGUCCCGUGUGGCCCGUGGUUCAAUAUCGCCUUUGUUUAACGUUUAUUGUAAUUGUUUUUGCACAAAUUGUAAAUAAUCUCGGUUUCGUGCAAGCUGAAUGAGGGAGAAUCUGCUCGGAAACUAACCCCCGUGUGACUGCGACAUUACGAGCUGCGGCCGGAUCUCGGCUGCACCUGGAGGUGUUUCACUUUAAACCACUCGUUUUACUCCAUUGUACAGUUGCUUCUUGCGUACCGCCCAAUUUGUGUGCCACGUCUCGGGGCCACGGUGCCCUCUCCCGUACGCGGUGUUCGUGCCGCGCCUGCGUGCACGGUAAAUAUCCCAGCGUGCCACGUGUCCCUGUGUGUAACUGUUUGUCACACCCAAUUUACCCCGGCAUGGCCUGGUGAGCUGAGCUUGGAUUGAGCGGAAUUUUUUUUCGUCACGUUGCUUGCAGCAGCACCCUUACUACAAUUCAACCACUGCUGGCAACGCCUCACGUCCACCUCCCUCCACAGCCCUGUUUUUAUACUGUACAUACACACACGUGCACUCAUAUGUCCAUGUGUACAAACACAUAGCAUCUCUUUGACUUAUGGGCCAAUAAAUCAAUGCAAAGCCCUGUAUUAUGUGCUUAACGUGCAACACAUUGCAGUGGCCGAGUGUACAUUACAAGAAGCAGCAUAAUCAAAGUCAACGUGAAUUGUAAAAUGACUCUAUUUUGGUUAAAUUUUAUUUUUAUUGAGGUAAGGAGCAGGACUGCAGUUCGCUCUUUGGGAAGCUGUUAGUCAUAUAACAAAUGCGCAUGCAGUCGCCCAGUGUACUAUAAGAACACCUACAAUACAGCACAUCUCCAUUCUCCGCUGCUUUGCAUUCAUGUAUUGACCCAUAAGACACUUUUAAUUUGAUCCUUUAGAAAUCCACGAAAGCCGUAUUUCUGCCAAUGUUGAGCAAUUUAGCUUGUGACAGUUCAGUAGUGGCACCUGCACCCGUUUCUCAAGCUGACCCCCCAUACACGUGCAAUUGUGAUCUGCUUUGAACAAAGGUCACGUCCCUUUGACUCUGCUGCAUGGCGCAAGGGCAGGCUGACCAGUCGCACGCAUGCAUUUGUGACCCCAUGGGGUUAGCCUUAACCAAUUGAACGCACCAUUACACUUAGAAAGGAUAGUGCGGCGUCCAUGCGAGCGUUGCUUUUGAUUUGUCGAUUGAACGCCCAUGUGAUCACGAAUGCUCCUUUCCACUUGAUGGGGGGAGGGGGGCACUUGACCACUCAUUUAAAAACACAAAAUGUUUCGCUAUAUUUCAUUCGGGAUUUGCGAGACAUUACAAACCGUGUCCGAUUUUCCAAAGAUUCAACAUCAGAAAUGCAUUGCGAGGUUUGUUCAAUCACGAUCCAUGCUUACAGUGAUUGCAAGCCCCUGUGUUUGUUAGAAAAUUCAUACCAACCGAGUCAAAAAGCCAAUUCUGUUUCUGUUGAGCGGUUCAAAACACGUCUCACUUAAAUCGACCCGCUGAAAACCAUGUGCUAAUUCUGCCGAAAACUCGCCGCGCUUUCCGCUUACUUCUAAAGAUCUUUCAAAGUGUCUAUGCUAUAGAGGGUGGCUUGCCAAAUUAAGGAAACUUACAUCUUCGCCGAAAUCUUACACUAAGUUCCUGUCUUAAGGGGGUUUUUAAGCAUUGUGCUUUUUGCUCUGACUGUACGUGUGUGUCAUUUUUUGCGUGUUAUUUUUUUUCAAUGUACUCUUUAUUUUUUCAUGAAGUGGCUUACGAGAACAAAACUCUUUAGACUAGCUUUAAACUCUAAUCCGGCAGCAAAAUGUUUUUUUUGGGUGCAAGUUUGAAUGGGAUUGUAAAUUGAUUUUGGAAUGCCACGCCCUGACGUUUGUGGGUUACCUGUUGAGAAUAUACCACUCUUCUACCACUCACUCGACUUUUUUUUGUCAUUACGCAAUGCAUUUUUAAUUCCCGGUGAGAAUCCACGGAAUGUCAUUACAAAGGAUGUGUUUAAUUUUCUUUGUGCCGUCCGUUUCAAUUUUUUUUCACACAAAUUCCGAGCACAGGUCCAAUUGCCCAAAAUAUCACGUGGCCGGCAACAAGCAGCACGAUGUGAAGUUGCUUACACUUUCUGUGCAGUAUUCCUGGAUUGUGAGAUGUUUAUUGGUCAUUGUCGCCACCUGCAGGAGAGUCUUGUGCCACUACGCGUAUCAAACCCACUGCUGGCACAGGCACGGUCUUCAGAGAGUUUUGAGCAGGCAAAGGUGCCCACUCUAGCCAACCUUUACUAUGGAAUGACUCUCUCCCAACAAUGUUACUUGUCUGCACACCAUUCAGUGUGGACAAAGCUAUCGAGCCAACUACAGUAUGUUCACAUGCACAUUGAUUUUGAUUAAUGCGUUUCAAGUUAGCUUAAUCCAGAACUUGAGUUUAAUCCAUUAAAUGUCACGAUCAGAAUGUUGAUUGAAAUUAAUUGAAUUAGAAUAGUUAAUUUCUAGUUUUUUUGGUUCUGAGUUGCAUAGUUAUGACAAUGUAGCUAUGGUGGUCUAUGAGGGUGUUUUCCACUCAACUCUCCCCCGACCUAAGUAUUUCCAGUGGGGGGGGGGGGGGGUCUCUCACAACAUGGAGAGUCCUGCUUCCCGUGAAAAAUGACCACGCCUGGCCCAUUGCGAGUGGCGCCACCUUCGCAGUUCGUACCACACGCACCACCCGAGGCCAUCGCAACGCACACUCUCAGCCCAACAAGCGGCAAUGCUUUCCUGUAGGAGGCAGGAGGAGAUGGCUCUCGCUGCUUUCGAGUUUUGUCGCUUGUCUCGGCCGACACGAUCCAUUCAACUUUGCGCUUCGGCCUCAUGGCCACGUGACCACAGAACCGCCUCCACUUCAAGCACCAUUUCGAGUUCUGAGACCCUAAACAGCAGGAUGCUAAUAAAGCACAGGCUGUAUUUUGAAGGGACAAGCCUUCAAGAUUUCUUUACUAUCUCUACGAGACCCUCUGCAAAAGCAAAUGAAAGAAGAAUUAAGCAAACCCAAUGAAGCCUUCCACUCUUCACGAAAUGUAAUCCAAGGAUUUCAUCUCCAUGUUAUUUUGACGUGGCUAUGGUGUGUCCCAGGUCCUAGGAAGAGAGCUCCCAGGCCGUCCUGGGUUGGUCGAUUGGAUCAACACACACAGUUCAAUAGCACCCAUACUUUUGUCACGUUGGCUAUACGACCCUGGCUGCACCAGACUCCCCAAAUAAAUCCUUUGUGGAGUUAUGUUGUCCAUAUCUAUCGAGACACCAUCGAAUCCUCGUGGGCACUGCCAAGAUGGGAGAUUCCCCCUCAUCUUUGAUUUCUUUAUUUGAGGGGGGGGGGGAUUGAACGUGGGACAAAUCAUUUGAUGGUUCGAUUAACAAAGAUAGCAAGCACAUAAUUAAACUAAGCCUGUAAAGUUCAGUGUCUCCUAGCACAACUUGCUCUGUAUUCUUCCCUUCGCUAGCGAUGGAAAUUCCACAUUCCCAUGGUGAUGUUGCAGGCUUUUCAUAGAAUGACCACUGUGCAAUUUACGCAAAAUUGUGCUCGUUAUACUUGCAACACGAUCGUGAAAACACAUCUGGAUUUGAAAAAUUACACCCAGAGUAAUAAGCAAACAUGAUUACAAUCUCAUUUUCCAUUGUUUAUCAUCCCAUAUGCACAUGCUGCCAUAAUAGCCUCCCCUCCAUUGAUUAUGAGAAUGUCAAACAAUGUUGGAGGUAUGUUUUUGUUCAUAAUGAAUGUCAUCUCUAUGUGAAUGGGAUUGUAAGAAUGGACUACGACAAUGCUAGUUGCCAGCAGCUGGCCGAGGCUGUAUGUGGUAAUGUAUUGUAACAGCGGUUUGCAUCAGAGCGCAAGCGUAAAUGUAAUAAUGUGAACAUCUUUAAAGAGUUUUAUUUGCGAUUUGAACAACAGACGAAGAAUUGGAUGUUCUUGGGCAUAAAACAUUAUUGUUCGCAUAUUGAAUGCAAACAACACUGGAAGCGAACGCGGUGCAUGGAUACGUCAUGGAUAUGCUACAGUUAAAUGUUUACAAGUGCUGUCCAAACAGAGGUGUUGGCCUGAGAUGGUGCCAGUGGAUAACACACGGUUUAAACAUCUGACAAAUGUUAAGAUUUCUUGGUGGUAUAGUGCUGCCUGGUUAGGGUUAAUACAAAUGUGUAAUUUUAACCCCCGAUUAUAAUUAUUGCCAAUAUUCUGUCCGUGCUGUUUAAGUUUGUUUUCGAUUGAAAUGAAGGAAUUUUGAUUUUUUUAUAUAUAUAUGCUUUUAUUUCUGCCUUUUAUAGUAAUGUUUUGGUGUUUCUAAAAGUCCAUCUGCCUUCCGGAAAACGUGGGAGUUUAUAGACACGUAUAAACAAACCAUUAUAAGUUAUAUAUUUUUAAAGUUAUUAAAUACAGAAUAAACUUACGAAGUUUUUUUUGGCAUACUGUGGAAGGUCGUGAGAUUACCUUUGCAGUUGCGGCCAACCCAAGAUUCGCAAGCACACCCGUCCGUACUCGCCGCAUGGAGAGGAGUUUUACUCCUUGCACAAUGCACACUAAAAUUAUGCAUGUCAGUACAGUAGUGGGACUCUUCUUGCUCAAACGAACCACGCUCCUAAAUUAGGCCAUCAACUUCGGCAUGAAAGUGAUGAAGGUCAGCGCCGUGGUGUUUGUGUAUUUCGUUUCAAAAUGUUUUCGUGUAUUUUAAAAUGGUUUAUAUUUAAUACAUCGCAACCUUUAGGAUCUGAAACACCGCUGUAGGUGCAACAUGCAUUUUUUUAUUGUCAAGGUUUGCAACCACUGCACUUCUGUGACUCGCCUGGGCCAUAAGGCCAUGUACCCACUUGGCCUCCACGUGGUUGGUAAACACAUUUUUCACAGGUUUAGGCCCAUGCAAGCAAGUGUGUACAGGGACGUGAUUGUUCAGUGAUUAGGAGGUCGUUGAAAAGUUAUUUGUUCCACACUAGAGACACGGCCAAUAUGUCAUGCAGAUGCCCACGGCGGUGUGUGUCUCAAAGCUAGACCAAAUGCUUUAAUUGAGCUUGAUUAUGAAUUUCGUAGCACGGUUCAUCAACAUUGUGGUCAGUCUGAUCGAGCUGCGGCCAUGGGAACGCGAGGGUGGGAAGAUGGUCACCAUUGAGAGAGAUGUUCGUGGAAUGGGCGCACAGUGCAUCUCGCUAUGAGUGACCGCAAAACGAUUUGGUGAUAUAUUUACGGCUACCCCACUACAAUAAUAGGGAUCAUUGACACAGAAAACAACGUCUUUUAACUCCUCUGAUACACUUGGUCCAACAUAGCCGGUGUGAUUUCCUUACAACUUUCAAUGACAUGUAAGCUGAGGUCAUUGAUAUCUCGCGGAUUUGUUGUGACCCCCCCCCCCCCACAAGAAGAAACAAACUAAUAAACCAGCGGAGUGAUGUCACUCAAACGCGGGAGCCCACGUAAUUAUUCCACCUCAACCAAACAAUACGCGGAUAUUUCAAGUCCGGAGUCUCGUAAGAAACCAGUAACGGAAUUUAUAAACGUGAUCACGUGUAUCAAAAAGUGGCACCCUUGUACGGGAUCCACGUAUGGAUUGCGGGCAUGGAUGUACCUUUUUACCUUGUAAAGGGUGCUUCUGGAUCCUACUAACACGGCUGUAACCUGCAUUACGAGCAUAAAAACGAGACAAACCCGUCGGGGUCGAUUCACACGUGAAUAGAACGAUCUUCCCGGCAAUGUGUGUUUGGGUGUCUGUCUGUUUUGUUUUACAUUGUUGACUUAUGUGGUUGUUAACGAUGGUGUUGUUCGCUUUAUGCCUCAUUUGGGGGGUGGUGGUAGGCACCCGGACUUGGAAAAGUUUUAAAUAAAGCAAAAAAAAAACCCCUGGGCAGAUCCCAUCUGGCAAGUUUCACUGGAGACGACUUGCUCCUAUAAUAAUAAUGGGAGAGAACUUUUAUAGACAGAACAUUACAUAAUACAGAACACAAUAAUGUUGCUGCGUCCGUUUUUUGUAUGUACAUAUGAACACAACGCGUGGGUGUAUGAGAUGACUGGAAAAGGUAAUUUAAACAUUUUUCAGCCAAAAAGUUUUAAUUCGGGCUCGGGAUACCGACCAAUUGAGUUAAGAAUGAGUUGAGGUUUAUUGAAACAUCUAACACAAUGUGUUCCAGUGUCAAUUUUCAUCUUAAUUGGCACUGCCAGGCUGUGUAUAACAUCUUUCGUGACACGUGGUAGUUUGUAAUCCAAAGCAUUAUAACAUGGACAGCACAUCGCGAGGUGUGUCAUGCAACUGGAUCGAUUGUGUUGCUAACAUUUAAAAUAUUUCUGAUAUGUGCUCUUAGUUUGCAAAGGGUAUGAAAUUUCAAUGUUGGAUUUUUCAUUGAAAAAAUAGAGUAUUUUCCAUUAUUAAUACAUUGGGUUGUCGCCUAUAUGUAUAUACAUUUUUGUUUUACAAUACAAAUGUAUAAUAAAAUAAUCUUCUGUUC